AUGGCAGCCAACGAAGAAGACUUUACGCCUUACGACCCUGUGCGGUGUGAGCACUACGCCAGAUUCGCAUCUCACUUGGAUAGAUGGCAAUUCGAUGUCAUGUACUGGCUUUUGUUCGUUUUCAAUCUGUUCAUCCUAUUCCUGGCAGCAUGGAAUUACACACGGACAUUGGACGCUGUGAGCGAACUCCCCGAGACGGACGCAAAACGGAAAAAAGCCAUCAAGCGUUGCAUCUGGUUCAAUCUGGGAUGCGUUUGCGUCUCGUUAGCUACCGUCAUCAUGGAGGUCUUCACCUUGAUGGCAUUGCAAUUCUGUGACGGCGAGGACCUCAUGUCGCUGUACUGGUCAACUUUCACCAUGAUUCAGGUCGGAUCUCUCAUUGCAGUAUGCGGAGUCAUUCUGGCCCUUGUCCACCAGCUGAGACAACGCAAGAACCCUCCAUGGGCUCUGGCUCUCGGCACACCCGUCUUGGUCAUCGCGGGUUUGUUCCACUACUUCCACACAUGCAUGGUCCGAAGAGUCAAGGCGUCAGCGAGAAAGAGGAAGAUGAGCGACGCCGGAACGCUCCCCAUGAGCCAAGUAAACACUAUUCAAGCCGAGUCUUCUGAUGAGGACGACGGUAUUCAGGGAGCAGAGAUUAUCGGGCUCACGAUGGACGGCGGCCCAAUCAUCCACUUCAAGGACGCAGUGCCUUACAACUUGCCGAACAAUAGCGAAAUCAUCGGGCGCUGCUCCAACGACAAGCCCAUUGUCAUCUGCCGCCGCGAUGGCUUCCAGCUGAUUUACAACGGCACAGACGAGAGAGCGCCUUCUCCUAACCCGGCAACUAAGAGCACGGGUUGA